CCGACAACAUGGCGAUCGUUGAGUUGGCAGGAUUACGGCGGGUUGAGGGCCAGUGACGGCUCGGUUUCACCGCCCGACUCUACAGUGUCGGCGUCCUCUGGCCGCAUUCCUCUCUUCUUCCUCUGCCAGGGUAGUCAUAUCAGUAGCGCAGGCCGUGGCCAGCCCCUGCUGCUCCUGGUCGAGCCGAGUGGCCCUGUCGGACGGGUGGCCCCUGUAAGCCCGGGACAUCUCUAAGUACUCACCCCAUCUCAACAUGUCUUGGUUCGGGGGCAUCAGCUCGGGCCUGGGUCAGGUCGGGGGCAGCCUUUCCUCCCUGACAGAUCAGCUCUCCAGCUUCACCAAGGAUAUGUUGGCAGAAGGCGUCGAGGAAGUGCAAGAUGCUACUAGUGAACUACAUGUAUCCAAUUCUAAACUGAGGGACAUUGAAACAGCCUACACUGCACAGAAAUCAGAGUAUGAACGUUUGAAAAAACUUUACACGGAUGUAGAAGAGAAAGCGGCAGCAGCAGAGCUCCAAAUAAAGCACCUAUCAUCAGAUUAUAGAACCCAGCUACAGCAGAAAGAAGUGACGAUAAGCCUUUUGAAGGCCAAGCAGAUUGCAUUGCAAGACCAAGUGCAGAAGCUUCAGUCUGUUGCUCAGCCAGCGCACACAGAAACCAGUGAAAGCACGUCGACAGCCUCUACUGCCUUUCUGCCUGACGAUGUUCCGCUCCGUGCUACGUUCCAUGGGGACACCAUGGAUUUUGGAGAUGUCAUCUGGUCCCAGCAGGAGAUCAACAGACUUUCCAAACAGGUGUCAAAGUUAGAAACUGAUGUUGCCCAUUGGAAAGCUUUGGCACAGGUAACUAAGAGUCAAGGGUCAGUCAGCUCUGAUGAGGAUGAUAUCUACAAGCUGCAAAAGACAAUAGAAGAGGUGAAGCAGCAGCUUAGCCGGGAGAUUGAUGAGCAUCAGCAUGAAUUGUCUACGCUGCAAGAUGUACAUCGGCAGAAAAUAAAUAGUCUCACAAAGCGACACAGGGAUGAGCUUGCAGAGUACGAGGAGCGGAUAGAAGAACUGGAGCAGCAAUUGCAAGAUGCAGAGACAGAACAGAAGGGAAUGAAUAACUCUCAAGAUGGUAAGUAUAAUGGACAAGAAGAUAUUCAUGAGCUAAAAGCAAGUCUGGAAUUGUUAAACCAUGAAAAAGAAGAACUACAAAAGGAAAAGGAGGCAAUGCAACAGGAACUCUCAAACCUGCAGAAUAUUCAGAAGAGUGAAUCGGACCUUAAUAGUCUGGCCUUGGAAGUGAGUGAACUGAAGCAGAAUUUGUUGACCAAAGAGAAUGAGCUGUCGGACAUCUCCAUGCAGAGGGACAGAUUAAUGUCUGAAUUGGAAGAACUGGACAAACAGAAUCAAGAAGCUACUGAACAUUUGAUUAGAUCCAAAGAUCAGCUGGCACAGCAGCGAAAAGAUUCGGAGGGAAAGACCACGCAGCUGCAGUCAGAGCUGGAGGUCAUCAUGGCUGAAAAGGCAUCAAUGGUGCAAGAGCUGGAAGUGCAGAAGGGCAAGCUGAGCCAGAGUGCUUUUGCACUUAAUGAAUUGCACAUGAGCAAAGAACAACUGAACACGAAAGUCAGUGACCUAACAGAGAAGUUAAAGAAAUCGCAGGUGGAUAACUUGGAGUUGAAGGCAGAAGCUGCAGAUCUGACAAAGAAGCUAAAGAGUGCCGAAUCACAGCUAGAGGUUGCCAAGAUGGAGUUUGCCCAAGUAGUUCAGCAAACUCAGAGCAGUGCAUGUCAAGAAGGAUUACUCGAAGAUAAAGAUCGAGAAAUUUCAGAGCUGAGGAAGCAAAUUAUGGAAACCAGAGCUAUAAAUGAUGAUUUGCAAACAGAGCUUUAUGAUCUCAAAAUCCAAAAUAAAAAACUUGUUGCAGAUAAAGAUGAAGCCAACUUGGCUUUGAAUAAAGUUAGAGGACAACUUGAGGAAACUGUUUCCAGUAACAGUGAGGCUUCCAAGGAGAACAGCACCUUGCUGGAGGCAAUGAAAAUGGAAAAAGCUCAGCUGCAGUCUGAAUUGAGCCAGGCUGAGAAACGACUGAACGAAGAAGCAAAAAAAUACGAGCAAACCAUCAAGGAGUUAACAGAGGCUCAAAGUUUAGAUGCUACAACUUUGCAGAAAGAACAUAAUCGUUUGAUCAAGACGAUCCAAGAGAAGGAUUUUGAGGUUGAAGAGCUCAAACGCAAUAUAGAGCAGUUGGAAGUGGACCAUGAAGAGACCAAAGAAAUGCUGAAAUCUAGUUUGGAGGGACAGCAGCAGUUGACAGAUCUUUUGGAGGAAAAACAGUCAUUUGUUGAAAUGCUAAAAGUGCGAAGUUUAGAACUGCAGCAAGAAAUUGAAAAGAAUGUAAAGAUUUUAGGGGAAUGUGAGUCUUUGAAGCAAAACCUCGAAGAGAAAGAUCGGCAAUUAAGUGUGAUGAAGGAAGAGAACAACCACCUCAAGGAAGAGAUAGAUAGACUGGGGGACCAACAAAGCAGACCUCAACCUAUUGCUGAACCGAAGACCCUUGAUAUAAUAAUAGAGCUGGAGACGGAAAUAACUGAACUGAACAACAAAAGGAACAGUCUUGAAGAGGAAGUAAGGCUUCACAAGAAGACUAUUGAGGAACAAAAGCAGGAUAUCCUUCAGCUCCAGCGCUCCGUACAGGAUCGAGUGGACGAAGCUAAAACCCAGUGUCAGGAAAUCAGUUCAACGUAUGAAAAGUUAAUUUGUGAGAAAGAUGAUGAAAUCCAUAGCCUUCAGGAAUCCAUCAAUCAGAUGAAAAUGCAAAGAGAAUUUCAGGAUGACCCCACAGAUGCUCCAGUUAUUCUCCAAGAGAUUAAAGUACAAACAGUAAAUGGAGAAAAUGGAAAUGAAAAACAUGAUUUGUCUAAAGUGGAGAUUGAUAGAUUAGUUAAUGGUAUAAAAGAAAAAGAAAUGGAGAUAAAGGUACUGAAUGAGAAGAAUGUGUCUCUGAUUAAGCAGUUAGAUCAGUUUACUAUUUUUAAGGAUGAAGCCGUUAAGCUAACCCAAAUCAUUCAACAGAAGAACAUGGAAAUCCAGACUCUUAAUGCUAGGAUAACCUCUGGCACCUAUGGGCAGGCUGGUGCAGAUGUGGCCUACUUGCAGCAGCAAUUGCAGGCCUAUGCUAUGGAGAGAGAGCAAGUAUUGGCAGUGUUAAAUGAAAAGACAAGGGAGAACAGUCAGCUAAAGACAGAAUACCAUCGAAUGAUGGACAUUAUUGCUGCAAAGGAAGCUGCUCUUUUGAAACUCCAAGAGGAGAAUCUGAAAAUGGUCAAUAAAACUGAAAAUGAGGGUCAGGAUAUGAUACGGGAAACAAUCCAGAAUUUGUCUCGGAUUAUCCGCGAGAAGGACAUUGAAAUUGAUGCUCUUAGUCAAAAGUGCCAAACUCUAGUCACCGUUCUGCAGACCUCUGGAAUGGAGGCGAAUGGCGAGUCAGGCCUCGUGAGUAGUAAUCAGUUUGAAGAGCUCUUGCAGGAGCGUGACAAGCUAAAGCAGCAAGUGAAGAAGAUGGAAGAGUGGAAGCAGCAGGUGAUCACCACUGUUCAAAACAUGCAGCAUGAGUCAGCUCAGCUCCAGGAUGAGCUCCUUAAGCUUCAGGGACGAUUGUCUACAGAUGGUGAGUGCAACUCUCGGCUCCAGAUAGAUUACAACAGCUUAAUUUAUAGUUAUGAGCAAAAGGAAAAGAAGUUGCAGAGCCUAAGCCAGGAGCUUGCUGAGGUCCAGCAAAGCAUCGGGCAACUCAGCAGCACCAAGAAUCUGAUUUUGGGCAAGUUGGACAGUGUACCAACAGAACCACAAAUGUUGGGAACAAGCACAGGAAUAUUGCACGUGAAGAAUACUUCCCAUGAAUGUUCAUCAGCAGAACAUUUGAACCGAAUAGAAGGACUACAGCAAGAGGUGGAACGUUUGAAUAAAAUAUUGGAGGGGAAGGAUGCCACAAUAUUGGCACUUCAGAAUAAUACUGAAUUAUCUGCCUCUCAGCCAAUGAAUGCUAACAUUGGAAAAAGCAUACACGAGGAUGUAGCCCUGGAGAUAAAGCAAAUGAAAGAAAAGAAUGAAGAAUUACAAAGGUCAUUCAAGGAAAAAGACCUUCUCAUCAAAUCAAAGAGUGACCAGUUGUCAUCAGUGACAGGAUGCUUGAGGAACAAGGAUAAUGAAAAUGAAGUUUUAAAGCAGGCAGUCACUAAUCUGAAAGAAAGGAUUUCGCUUUUGCAACUGGACAUCCAGAAGGCUCAAGAGGAGAAUGACCAGAUUAUGAGCAAGUCGAGGGAAAAGGAAACCGAAUUUCGAGCCCUUCAGGAGACUAAUAUGCAAUUCUCCAUGAUGUUGAGAGAAAAAGAGUUUGAAUCAAAUUCUAUGAGAGAAAAAGCUUCUGCAUUAGAAAAAUUGUUAAAGGAGAAAGAGGAGGGGAAGACUGGCGAGUUAAAUCAGCUGCUUAAUGAAGUGAAAUCUAUGCAGGAGCAAGCAGGCAUGUUUCAGCAUGAGAGGGACCAAGUUAUGCUGGCCCUUAAGCAGAAGCAAAUGGAAGCCACUGCAUUAGUGAAUGAGUUGCAGCAUAUGCGUGAUAAGGAGCAGCGUCUGAACCAGGAGUUGCAGCGACUGCGAAACCACUUAAUUGAGAUAGAAGAAUCAUACACCAAAGAGGCCUUGACAGCUGAGGACCGAGAGACUGAGCUGAGGAGGAAGAUUACCUUUUUGGAGGAGAAGUUGGCAUCCUCAUCUUGCGCUGUGGAAAGUGCAAGCCACCAAGCCAGUCUUCAAGUGGAGUCUUUGCAAGAACAACUUCAGGCCAUCACGAAGCAGCGAGACGAUACGAUGGUGCAGCUGCGUGCCGCUCAAGAACAAGUGAAGCAGUAUGCAAUGUCACUGACUAACCUGCAGAUGGUGAUAGAGCAAUUUCAACAGGAGGAGAAAGCGAUGUAUGCAACUGAGCUGGAGAGAUAUCAGAAGGAAAUUGCAGAGUGGAAAAAGAAAGCAUUAAGUCUUGAGAAAAGAGUCACAGAAUUAGAGGAGCACUUAAAGGAAGCAAAUGAGGCUUUGGAUUCUGCGUCAAGACUAACUGAGCAGUUGGAUCUCAAAGAGGAGCAGAUUGAAGAUCUUAAAAAACAAGUUGAGUCUCAAAAUGAUAUGUUGGACGAUGCGCAGAGAAAAUUAUUAAACCUGGUCAACAACAAUGAAGGAAAAAUUGACAAGGUUUUGAUGAGAAAUUUGUUUGUGAGUUACUUCCAUACUCCAAAAAACAAGCGCAAUGAGGCAAUGCGGAUGAUGGGAAGUGUGCUAGGGCUGAAGAAAGAAGAGAUUAGUCAGCUCUUGGAUAGUGAAUUUCGUGGUGUUACAGGAUGGGUCACUAGUUGGCUUGGUGGCAGAUCUAGUGGAACCCAAAGUGUACCAACUACCCCGCAAAGGCCAAACCAGCAGACAGUCUUCAACAGUUCUUUCUCAGAAAUGUUUGUUAAGUUCCUGGAAGUAGAAUCUCGUCCUUCUCCUCCUCCACCAAAGCUUCCAAUUUACGAUAUACAUCCGCUUGGGCCCACACCUGCAGCCAACCAGCAAGCCAGCAGCCUUCCUGGUCACACCGCCGGCACGACUGGAGCAGAUCCAGUGAAAAAAUCAGAGUCCAGUUCCUUCUUGGCUCCACGAUCUGCUGCUGUGCCUCUCAUUACCUCAGCUGUUGCCAGUUCUACUGGGUCCUCGCAUCUCCUCAUGAAACCAAUCUCCAGUGCCCUUCCCACUUUCACGCCUCUACCAGUGUCACCAGAUUCCAGUGCUGGCACUGUCCUCAAAGAUCUCCUCAAGCAAUAAAAAAAAACUGGAGCAAUCCACUACAGCACUUUAAAGUGAAAAAUUACACUAUAGACUAUAGCACAAGAGGGAUUUUGUGCAGUGUACACAGAUCUCCCUGAAAAAUAUUUGCAUAUUGUAAGCAUGCAUCUUUCAAUUUGACAUGCUAAGUCCAUGAAAGUUGCAAUCCUCUUGGGGAAUGAUUGGCUUCAUGUGUAGGAAUAAUUUCACCUCUUUCCAAAAAGCUAAUUAUAAAUACUUGGUACAAAGUACACAAGGUGAGUUUUUUUUGCUAAAUACAGAUACUGUAUAUUUGGCACUUAAUCAAGAGGCACAUCUAAAAAAAGAAAUUCACAGAGGCACAGAAUUAUCAGUCCUAAUGGGACCUGCAUAGUUGCAAGCUAUAAUGGAUUUUCAUAACACCCUUCCACAGAAGUAUUAAAGUAAAGCCUCUGAAGUACAAAAUUCCAAAGAAAUAAAAUAGCAGUGUUGUGUACAUGAAGUUUAUUAAAUGCAGACUCUUUCAAGUUACUGUAUUUUCAGUUGUACCUUCCAUGGUAUAAAAAUAAUUAUUUUUCGACUGCCUUUAACUGCAUAUCUGAAGUAGCUUUAGGGGUGGGCAAGACUUGCUGUGGUUUAUGCUGAGUUUUGAGAAGAAAUUGAAAACUGUUUCCCUGCCUCUUCUCUCCUCUUUCCCAUCCAUUCCAUGUUCUUGCUUUAGAGGGAUCAAGUUUUUUUUUGUGCUGAAAUACCUUAAUUUAAGAAAAUAGUGUCUGCUAUAGUGUCUUAAUCAGAAUAUAAAAUGAGAACACUGGUUACAGUAUGUUUGCAAAACUAACUCUAUUAGAGUAAAUCCAAAUUAAAUUCAUUGACUGUCUUCUAUGAUUGUAUGCAGGCCUUGUUACCGAUCUUCAUUCUUUAUUUUAUUGUAGAACCCAUCAGAAACUUGAUUGCAACCUUGAAAUUAAUUUAUUCUUAAUGAUGGAAUCUUCUUCCCUAUUCACUGUUCAGUAUAGUGAAUUUUGCUUUGAGCUUAAAGCAAACGCCACAAAGGAGCAGUAGACUGUCAUUUGCAUUUCCAAGGAUAUAGGGAAUUUCACUGAAACCUAAAACUGAAAUUCUUGCAGACACUUCUGCAUAGUGACACUAGUUAUUUCAGUCAUGCCUGCAGAGUACUGUAUAACCCCGGUGUGUCUGAUGCUGGCUAGUGCCAAGGAAUCUGUUAUUAGUAUGUAAAGGCAGUGAUCUAAAAGUUUUUGUAUUAUAUUUCAGUUGUAAUAAUUUGUACAAUUCUGGAAUUUGGGCUUUUGAAUUGCUGCAGGAUUUUCUGUUAAAUUAUUCUACUUACAGCUCACUGUAUCAGUGAGAGUGAAACAACAGUUAACAGCCUGCAAUGCAUUUCUUUGUAUAAAUUGUUUGUCUUUACCAUCCAAAAACUCUUUUUUCAUCUGGCAUAUGCCUGCAGAUUUAUAAGGUACAGCCUUCUAAGUUCUAAAUUAUCCAUAAACUAAUAGCUGUGUUGGUUAUUGUAUAAUAUUGUGAUUAGCUGAAAGAAUGCCAUUCUUGAAUAUAUUAAAAUCCUUUAUAGUAAGCUGUCUUAUUUCCCAGGAAAUUGUUCAGGUUAAUUAUUACUAUGAUUUGAAGAGUUGUAUACAUCUCAAAAUGCAAACUUAUUAAAGGUUACGAUUAGUCUUCUGCAUUGGAACCAAAUGUGCCGACGUCAUGAGAGCCAGCCAAGAAUACUCACAUACUGAUUUAAUAGAUCAAUUUCUUUAUUUAGUGUUUUUUUUAGAGAUGUGGCAUGGUAAUAGGCCCUUCCAGCCUAAUGAGCCUGUGUUGUCCAAUUAUACUCAUGUGACCAAUUAACCUAGCAAGCAUACUUCUUUUGGAAUGUGAAAGGAAAGAGGAUCACAUGGAGAAAACCCCAUGCAGUCACAGGGAGCGUGUACAAACUCCUGACGGAGUGCUGGGAAUUGAACCCCUGUCACUGGCACUGUAAAGCGUGCUAACUGCUAUGCCACCGAAUUGUUUAAUGUUAGGAGUUGGUUGAAGUUGAAGAUCUCCAUCACUCAUCUGUGACAUUGUAGUGCAAGGUCUGCUUUGUCUUCAAAAUAAGAUUUUAGUUUUUCUUGAACAGGGUGAUUUUUUUUUGGGCGCAUUGGUGCUAAGAGUGUAGCUCACUGCUAACCCAUUCAAUUGACUGUUGCUCAUCAUAAUUAAACAUGGUGACUAUAGGAGAUUCUUCACGCUAGCAGCAGUGUGGCUCUUCAGAAGCUGUUCAAAUGUUCUAGCUGUGGUGAGAAUCCUGGCUGGGUUUGCUCAACAGCAUUUUCGUCAAAAUUUGUGCAACAACCAGCACUUGACCCCAAUAAAAUUUAAACACUGUUAAUUACUUAAGUUUAUUUGUCAAUCUUUGAAAGUAACGCAAAAUGUUGACAAUUGUUCUUGAAAAUCUAGUUAGAGUUGUCAAAUUACCAACAAAGACAAAGAGAGGAUGUGACUUUUUAUAGAACUCCUGACUGAGUAAUAAUCUUAAUCAGCUUUCUUUAAAUGUAAGAUUUGGUUUGGAAUUCCGCUCCAGAUGUUGACCAGUAUAAAUCAUGCAGGUACUUAAGCGUAUUACUGAAGAUUCAUUGUACUGCUGGAGUAGGUGUCUUUCUGAUGAGACCUGACAUACUUUUGCUCUGUGGUGAGCAUGAAACAUCCCAUGGUAUCAUUUGAAAUUGAGCAGAUGUGUUUUUGUACUGUCCUGGCCAAAAUCGAUUACUACCUUGCUGUCUUUACCAACAUUCUUCUGUCAUUUAAAGCGUUCUUUUUUUCUUCCCAGUGGAGGAAGUUAAAUGUAUCAUGCUCAUAACUGAGCCUAUGGAACACCAGUGCCUUCGGCAGAAAAUCCUUCAAAAGGUGGUGGACUCGGGUCAGUACAUCACAGCUAAACCCCUCCCAGCCAUUGAGCACAUCUACAUGAAACAUUGCUGUAGAAAAGCAGCAGCCAUCAUCAAAGAUCCUCACCACCCAGUCCAUGCUCUUUUCUCACUGCUGCCAUCAGGUAGAAAGUACAAAUGCCUCAGGGCUCGCACUGCCAGGUUCAAGAACAGUUACCACCCCUCAACAAUCAGGCUCUUGAACAAAAGGGGAUGACUACACUCAUUCUAUUUCUAGUGUUCCCAUAACUGAUGGUUUCACUUUAAGAACUCUUUAUCUUGUUAUUUCAUGCCCUGAUUAUUUACUGCUAUUUAUUUAUAUUUGCAUUUGCAUAGUUUGUUAUUCCUUGAUCCUGUUUGCAGUUACUGUUCUAUAGAUUUGCUAAGUAUGCCCAUAGAAAAAUAAUCUUAGGGAUGUGGUGACAUGUAUGUACACUGAUAAUAAAUUUUACUUUGAAAUUUGAUUAUCGACCCUCUGCCCUGCAAAGAUGACACUCAACCAUUCCACCUUUCUACAGAAUUCUUUUCCACUUGAAGUUAUUCUAGCUACAUGUUAUAAGAUUGCAGAGAAAAUCUGGAAGCAUCAUAAUCUUAAUUUAAGUUGGGUUCAGAUUAAAAUUUCCAGCAAUAAAGCUAAAUUUAAUAAGAACAAUUAUAUAAAGGUUUCCCCAUUUCCACCAACUAUUCUCUCUAUAGUUUGGUGCUGUUGAUUUUCUUCCAUUUUCUGCAUCUCAACUUAAUGGUUAACAGGUUACGUGCACAGAUACAUGGAGUGUAUAUUCUCGUUUAACUUUUCCAGCCAAGCAGAUAUAUUAAGGACAGCUUGCCAAAAAAUGUUAGCAGCAUUAUGAAUAUAAUCUUUUCACCAGUUGGAGUUGCAUUUGAAAGUGGUGCUAACUCUAAAAAGAUGGCACUCUUGGCUGAGUGAGCUCAGUUUUAGAUGCAUGAACAUGUUUAUAGCUUAAUAUUAAAUGUUAGGGGCUAGCGUAACCAUGGGGAUAUAGGAGAGCAUAGAAUUGCGUUUAACUAAAUGGCAAAACAGACUGGGGUGCAUAUGACCUAUUUCUAUUGCUGCAUAAAACGUUUUUUUUCCCAAAUUUCAGGAUGCUUUUCUGUGCUGAGGUUAAGCCGCAUUAUUGGGCUGCAGUUAGCUCUGUUACAAAUAUAGAUCUCAACUCCCUGAAUAGUAUAGUGGAGUGGGUGGAGUGGGACUAACCAUUGUUCAAAUCAUGCUAGAGCACAUGCUGAAUGGUUUACUUACACAGAAAAUCUAAACAAACUUAUCUGAAAUGCUGUUCAGUCAAAGCUUAGAAAUCAUAUUUCAAAAUUUCUUAAAUGUGCUUGUUCCUUGUAAGUUUUACAAAAGAAAAUAGGCAACCGUUAGUCUCGUGAGACCAUCGAUUUGCACCUUGGAAGGUUUCCAGGGCGCAGGCCUGGGCAAGGUUGUAUGGAAGACCAGCAGUUGCCCAUGCUGCAAGUUACAAAAGAAAGAUGAUGGAUUAUUUGCACAGUUCAUGCAGUGCUAAUUUUUAAUGAAAUACAAUGGAUUCAGUUUUCCCAUAAAAUGGACCUGUGCCAUUUAGUGGAUGUUGAACCUGGCAAAGCAUCUCAUUUUUUGAUCAGUACUGGGCAAAAGCAAAUGGCCUUGAAGAAAGUAAGUAAGAGUGUGUGUGUAUGUAUGUAUGUAUGUGUUGCGCUCUCUCGCUCUCUCUCUGUGUCCCUGCCUGUCGCAGUCAUCAGUGGGGACAGGAUUGGCAUAGCUGUUCUGGCAUUUGGAUGAGACAUUGAAAAGAGUACCACAGUGUGUGUAUAGCUGGUAUAGAGGUUCUUUUUCAGAAGUUAAAAGGAAUGAAAAUAAAUGAGUAAUUUAUCAUGCAAAACACUUGCUACUUAUGCACUUCAUAAAUCUUUGACGCCUGAAACACUAUAAUAUAUUGAUUAGGUUAGAAACAUAUGGAGGUCAUUGUAACUACUCACCUGACAAAGAGACUAAUUUUAAAAAGUUCAAAGUAAACUUUAUUAUCAGGGUACAUAUAUGUUACCCUGAGAUUCUUUUUUUUCCUGUGGGCAUACUCAGCAACUCCAUAGAAUAGUAACUAUAACAGGAUCAGUGAAAAUGAAGUAGAGUGUAGAAGACAGCAACCACAAAAUGCAAAUAUAAAUAAAUUGCAAUAAAUAAUAAGAACAUGAAAUAACAAGAUAAAGAGUUCUUAAAGUGAGCCCAUUAGUUGUGGAAAUAUCUCAAUAGUUGAGUGUAGUUAUCCCUUUUGUAUAAGCGCCUGAUGGCUGAGGGGUAGUAACUGUUCUUGAUCUUGGUGGUGUGAGUCCUGAGGCUUUUGUACCUCUGACCUGAUGGCAGCAGGGAGAAGAGAUCAUGACCUGGGUGGUGGCAAUCUCUGAUGAUGGAUGCUGCUUUCCUAUGACAGCAUUUGCAGCGUGCAGAAAGUCGCCAAUGAUCUCUGGCAUCAUCUUGAAUUUUAGAGGUCAAAAUUUUACUUGCUCCUGUAUUUUGAUCUGGAACCUUUUCAGCAGCUGAGUAAUCCAGACCAAAACAUGUAACCAAUCCUGUUGUGCUUGACUGAAUCUACGUGGCUGAGCAACCUGUUUUGGUACUGACCAAAUGCUAGUUAUCUUGUUUGGCCCUUAAUUUAUUUGCUUUACUUUUUUAAAAAUCAUUUUUUCUAGCAGAAUUGCAAAGUAAUUUAGCUGUUUUCUGCAGAAAGAGAUUUGAGGGACUGCAAAUAUGUUGAAUCAUGUUCAAGUAUUUAUCAUUCAACAUAUUCAAUAUUGCAGGAAUUCAACUUUGCCUUUAUAAGAGAGGUUCAUUGUCUGACCUUCUUUUGGCGCAAUCACUUUAUAUUUUAUGAUAACACAUAUAUCAUCUUGUUGCAGUUGUUUUUAAUCACAUUGAACAAAAUAAUCUCUUGAUUCUAUUAGCCUUUUUUCACGGGAAAUCUUUUGCUUCAAUUCAACUAAACUAAAUUAAACUAAAUUCAUAUGACAGUAGGAUUAUCAAGGAAGUGAAGCCCAGGGAUAAUCCAACAAGCCUCCAUAAUGUUAUAUGGCAGUGUUAGAAGUAAGUAUUUCAGACUUUACCAAAUGAUCUAGGUUCAGAAGGACAAAAGUACCCUCCAGUUUCAAUGCAUGUCUUGGAGCUUGAAAGUGAUAGAAGGCAGCUAAUAAUUUUUUUCUACCUUUACCUUUAUCUUCUUAACUUCAUUCCCACCCCCCCCCCACCCACCUGA